GGACUUUGGAUGGGGUACAGCCGGGCUGUUGCUUAGCUUAGAAAGCGCUGAGGCAGCAGGCUCAGGGGCUGAAGGAAGUACGGGGUCUGCUGCAAGGGCCUGUCUGGAAGAGACUGGUGGAAGACCUGCAGCCGCCGCCCCCCCUCAACAUGGAAGGCCUGAGUGUCCAGACUCCCUCCAAGGAAGCCUAUCGUGCAGCGAUGGUGCUCUCUGGGGCAGGAGAUGCCCUUGGCUAUCACAACCAGCGCUGGGAAUACUGCACCUCAGGGCCCCAGAUCCACCAGGAGCUCCAGGAAAUGGGGGGUCUUGGCAAGAUUCGUGCAGCCCUUCCUGACUGGCCUGUCAGUGAUGACACCGUUCUGCAUCUGGCGACUGCUGAGGCUCUGGCCACUGGAAAGGAUGGAGAGUCACUGUUUCAGGAGUUGGCCAGACGCUAUGUUGAAGCUAUGAACGACAUGGAGGGGCGGAAGCCUGGGCCCACAAGCAUUCUGGGAACAUCUCAGUUGCGUCCAGGGGAGCCAAAGGGCUAUCGCAUUCCCUUCAACCCCAGUGCAACAGGUUGUGGAGCAGCAAUGAGGUCCAUGUGCAUUGGGCUUAGGUAUCCUCGCCCUUCAGAGCUAAAUACAUUGAUCCAAGUCAGCACAGAAAGUGGAAGAAUGACACACCACCACCCCACAGGCUAUCUGGGAGCUCUGGCCUCUGCCCUGUUUACUGCUUAUGCAGUGCAGGGCCUCCCACUUGAGCAAUGGGGAUCCAGAUUGCUCAAGACCCUGCCCCUUGCCUUAGAGUACAUUCGAGCAGCCGCUGCUGAGAGUGACUCCAAUGUGGGGGCCUGGGCCUAUUUCCAGGAGAAAUGGAAGUGGUACCUCUCGGAGCGGGGCCUUUCUAAGGGCCGGGACCCUGCUCAGUUUCCUCCUGCCUAUAGUCCUGCUGAGCGUGAUGUCAUCUACAAAACCUUCAGCCUGGAUGGGUGGGCCGGGCGGAGCGGUCACGAUGCCCCCAUGAUUGCCUAUGAUGCUCUGCUGGGUGCAGGGGACAGCUGGGAGGAGCUCUGUGGGCGUGCCAUGUUCCAUGGUGGGGACAGUGACUCUACAGGGGUGAUUGCUGCCUGUUGCUGGGGUAUUGCUCAUGGAUUCAGAGGAGUCCCAGAAGGUAACUACAUAGAGCUUGAAUACCGAGACAGGAUGGUGGCUGCUGCUGAUCAUCUCUAUCUCCUUGCUUGGGGAUAGGCUUCUGUUUGAAAGACCGUUCCCCUAUUUAGCAUCCCAGGCUCCUGGGGGAGGCCCUGAACAUGAUUUGCAACAGGUUGAAAGCUGUUCUUUACAGAAUAAACUGAUGCUGCCUUUGCA